AUGAGUGACGAGUUCAAUACUCCCGGGAGGUCCUUUCGACCAGGAGACGAUCACUUGUGGACGUCCAUCGAGAAACCGGACGGUGUGAACGACGCAAUGGAAGUCUAUGCACACAACAAGACAACGACAGUGUGUGACGAGGUCCACGACGUUUGUAGCUUCCAGAUUGAGCUGGAAGACUCCGUUCUUCAGCUCCAAGUCUGGAAUAGCUAUCUCCAAACGCCAGGCUUUGAGAACGUCACCUUUUUCUAUCGCGGAGGUAUGGUGCAGUCGUGGAACAAGUUUUGCAUCCAAGGAGGUAUGGUCGAAGUUCGUGCUCAACUCCCAGGAGCUCUUUCUGAGGAGUCUGGAAACCCAGACAUUCGUCUGGACGAGAGCGCUCGAGUUCGAUCUCUGCGCUAUUACCCGACAUGGCCUGGGAUCUGGAUGAUGGGGAAUCUCGGUCGUGCGAUCUUCAGCGGAUCAACGAACCGGAUGUGGCCAUUUUCCUACGAUGCCUGCGACCCGGAUACAUUCACGCCAGCCAACCAGCGUAUUAACGCAUGCGAGUCGCAUCCAGGCUCUGGACUUAACCCUCACCAAGGACGUGGGGCGCCCGAGAUCGAUAUCGUCGAAGGUGGAGGCACCACCAUCUCGGCGUCGAUCCAAGUGGGGCCAGGCAUGCCGCCGGACUUCCGCGUUAUCCCACCGGAGGACGAGAACAAGCUCUGCAUCUACUCCAGCUCGUGCGAAACACCAGGUAGCAACGUCCCAGGCAUCCCCGAGAGCGUGUAUCUAAGUGCACGUGGCCACCCAUCGUGGUAUCAGAACAUGCGCUACGCUGCAAACAAUUUCUGCCUACAAAACGUGAGCGAGACGCAGCGCUACACCACCGUGCAAGCCGCACUGAGUGCCGGUAUCGAAGACAACGUAUGCUCCGUCACCACGUGUCCAGCCUCCCUCGAUAUCAGCUCGGAUCUCGACUAUAUCCAUGUUGAAGGUGACGAUCGCUGGGGGAUCAACUCGAACGGCACGUGCUUCUCGGCCAUGAACUCGUACAUGGGCGAAUUCAUCUGUAGUGCUGGCAACUCCGACCCGAGCUGCCACCCUCGUGACGACGCGCCAGUGUUGCCCCAAGACGACUCGAGUUUCGCCUUUCAAAUGGACGCCUUGUCUGCGAACUGGCCCGUGCACAUGGCAGCAUACACUGACUGGGUGCAGUACCAAGUCGAGUGGGUGUCGGGUCCACAUGGCUGCGUGCGUUGGAUGCUGUCAGGUGAGCCACUGUACGAGAUUCCAGCCAAGACGAUCACGGAGCCUCCGCAAGGAGCGAGCGUCAAGAACCCGAGCAAGAUCAUGAUCGAGGAGCCCAUGUAUCUCAUCUUCAAUGUAGCCAUGUCGAGUAAGUGGGGAGCGCAGCCACCCAACCCCAAGAAUGUCUGUCGUGGCGACGGACUGGACCCCGUCGCGAACGCCAUUUGCGACGCCUUCCCCAUGUACCUGAAGCUCGACUACAUUCGCGUGUACCAAGAUCUGUCCCCUGGCUCACUCAUGAGUGUAGGCUGCGAUCCAUCGACACACCCGACGCGUCGGUGGAUCCUGGACCACCUCGACGAGUACGAAGAUGAAGAGAAUAAACUUGUGGAGGUGCGCGGCAAGGCCUUCUGUCGUACGGACGCGGACUGCACUGUCCAAACCGCUCACCGACGAGCCCACGGGCCGAGAUCGACGUUUGUCCGGACAGGGAGAUGCCUCAACCGGCGCUGUGAGUGUGUGAGUAAGUCGUGGGCCGGGCCACGGUGCAUUGUGCCCACGACGUCCAGCGGCGUGUCGUUUGGCCCUCCCCUCGUUCUGGCGGCGUGUAUGGGCGCGCUGUUGUUCGUGCUCGGGGUCGCUUCGAGUGUUGCCAUUUGCUUCGCGCGCAAGAAAGACGCGGAAGCUGUGCAGACGGAGCGGAAGGUGAAGCAGCAGCAGCGACAGCAGUACGAACGCAUGCGACGCCAGUCGAGUCAACAUCUCCAGAGCGCUUGGUCGUCCGAGAUAAGUCUCUAG